AUGACCUGCAAUUUGCUUAGCCCCCCUUUUCUCUCUAUUUCUCACCAGCCCCCUGAUGCUAUCUGGAUUUGCAACUAUAUGACGAAAACAGUGAUGCACCGCCUAAUCGGGACGUAUCCCGUCAAAAAGGGGGAAACCGGCCUAGCCCUCCGAGCCUCUCCGCGCUUCGUGCGGGGCCACGCCAAGUGGGGCGAGGACCAGAUGGCGAUGAGCAGAGGAGGGGCUGCAGGCGGGUUUCGGAUUUGUCGGGACUUUCCACUUUCGCAUACUAAAUUUAGAAACUCUCGCCGCCAAAGCAAUAAUUUCAGGGGAGCAACCAGGACCGAAACUUCUCGGACAUUGGCGAAACCCAGCGGAAUCGGCACGCGGACGGCUGGCAAGACGCAGAACACUGCUAAAUUGCAGGGACAGCAGAAGCAAAAAGAAACGCCGUGCGGUUGCAUUGGGAUAUUACAUCUCCAAAUGCGGAAAGGUGUUUCCAGAACGUUCCAUUUGCGGUUGCGCCUGGCUGAUUACGUUCACCGCCGCUCGGGCUUAGCUUUUUGCCAUCAUGAUAUUCUGUUCUGUUGUGUUAUGUAUGUAUGUAUGUAA